AAACUUUUUAUAACUAAAUUCCUAUUGAAAUUCACACAAAAUCCAAACUGCGUUUAAUUAAAUUAGCCUAAAAAUUUGAAGUUGGCGUUCUAGAACAAUUUGCAAUAAGAAAACAACAAGAAAAUUUGCAUACUCCAAAAGCGGAAGAAGAAAACAAAAAACGAUUUUAGCCCGAUUGAAAACGGUCAACUUUGAAGAAGAAUGUCAAGAUUGCGAAGCGCUGCCAAGAUGUUGAUCCAACGGCAUAGUUUGCCAAGCGUCGUUACAAGGCUGGCUCGCAUAAUUUCUACCUCGGCACCAGAACCGCACUUCGGUAGCCGCAGAAUGUCGAUACCCGCUGAGCCAGCGCGCUUUACCACGAAGCAACAACUGCCUAGCGAACCGAACGUGGUAAUGGACACAAUCAAUCCCAACAAAAGCAAUGACAAGAGCAACAACAGUGAUGGGAGCGCCAAUGUGUCAAAGCCGUCAAGCAAGGAUAGUAAGCUGCCAGACAUAACCAUUGUGGACAUCAAUGGCGGCUAUAAGCACAUGGACUUUGAACAGCGCAUGGAGCAUAUGGAUCGCGCAGAUAAUGUAAAUAAUGAAGAAGUUGCAAGCGACAUAACCUCCAAAUUAAUUUUACCACUGGAAAGAAAAAUGUCCAACGUUGUCGAUAUUGAUGGCUUUGGCGAUGAUAUGAUGUACGAAGACAAAUCAACAACGGAGUCGCUGCCUCAACCAACAGAAGCAGCCGGCAAAGAAGUGCCAGGUGCCAGCGGUGUUGAUGGCAGUUCGGCAAAUAGUGAUCAACAAUUGGCAGAUACGUCAGCGACUCUGCAGGAUAAACCAAUGCUGGCGCAUGAUGUGCAAGCGGUGGCCUUGGAAAACUCAGAUAAUGGUGGUAAAAUCGCUUCAGUUGCGUCAAAAAACGCUAUUAAUGCUGGAGAAGUGUUUGCUGGUCAAGCCACAGACUCAUGCACCUCCAGCGGCAUUGAGAACAUUUGUGAGGCACCCGUUGACAUAGACGCCUUCGCAAACGAAGAGGACAAAUUGCAAGGUACUGUAGAUAUUGACGCCUAUGGUGACAGUCAACGUAUGCAAUUGCCACCCAUACCAAAGGAGCGCAACAAUAUUUUCGAAUUCAAGGGCAUAAAAAUCAUUAUGCCAAAGCGUAUGCUGCGCGAUGCAACUUAUCGCUAUCGCUUAGAUCCGAAGGACAAGGACAAACCAGAUGACAUUCGAAUCUGCGUGUUUGAGAAGUAAAUCGUGACAUGCACGUGUGUAGGUAAAUGUCGUUUCAUGGAUUUAAAAAAAAUGUUUAGAUUACAUUCUGAAUGAAAUGCGCUUAAUAUAUUUUACAUUUCAUUGUUUAAUAAACUAUGUACAUAACUAAA